AUGGGCGACCGUGAAGGGCCCUCUGUGCUUCUCCAGCUGCGACCCUUGCUCCCGACACGAGGCCUGUUUCCUAGUCUGAAGGGAGGUAAAGGAGUUGAUUCUGGGAGAGAGAAUCCAGCCGGCUCCCCAAGGCCGACCAAGAGUCGGCCUCCGGAGGGUGUGUUUCACCCUGUGGCCGAAGCAGGACCCCUGGAGCCUUGGGUGGGGGGGGACCUGCCCAGCAGGGAAGAUGCCUCCUGCUGGCCCUGGCCUGCCCGCUCUGGCCACAGAGAGGAGGGAGCCGUGCUCAUGUCCAGCAGGGCUGGCUUUGGCCUCACACUGCACCUCCUCUCUGCCUUCACCCCUAACCAGAGGCAGCUGGGGAAAAGUUGA